AUUUGUUUUCCACUGAAAGUUUUUUUAAGUGUUUUCUAAUGCAAGUAGUAGUAAAAUACAACUUACACAAAUAGAUUCUAUCAAUGUGAAGAAUUGGAAUCACAACCAGUCUUUGCCAGUCUGCCAUUACCAUCUCAAAUCCCCCCCUCCUCUCUCUUUCUCUCCACAUAGUUACAGAAAAAGACCAGACCAGACCAGACAGAGAAGAAGAAGAAGAAGAAGAAGAUAAUGUCUUGUUCUUCAUCACCAGAAGAAGAAGAAGACAUUAACUCAAGAAAUUUCUUCUCAAAAUCUCUAAACAUGGAGAGCAGCAAUAGUAGAUAUCCAUUCAUGGAUCUUGAUUCAGUUGACCUUGAUUCAUCUUCAUGGUCUUCUUUUGAUAUGUUUCCAUUAAUCUCAAAUUCAUUCAUUUCAAAUCCAUUCAUGGGAAAUCAUCAUCCAUCUACUUCUUCAUCUCAAUUUCUUCUUUCUCUAAAUACUUCACUUUCUCCUCCUCAUCAUAAUCCUGUCAAUCCAGGUUUAUCAAUUGAAACACCUUCUUCUCCUCUAUGGGUUUUCACAGAUUUUGAGGACAAAUCUGGUGGUGGUGGUGAUGGUUGUGGUGGGUUUCUUCCUAACUCCUCUAAUGGUGGUUUUCAACUCACAAAUCGGCCUAAAUUGCUAUCCAGUAAUACCGAUUCAAUGAUGGAAAAACAUCUUGGGCAACUUGGUGGGGAGGAGGGGAAAAAGAAGCUGUUUUCGACGGAGGGACCAGAUGAAUCUUGUGUCAUGAAAGAAAGGAUGAUGCAAGCACUUAGGUACUUCAAGGAAUCAAUGGAGACCCAGCAAGUUUUGGCACAGGUUUGGGCUCCGGUUAAAAAAGGUGAUCGAUAUGUUCUUACGACUUCUGGACAACCAUUUGUACUUGAUGCGCAUAAUAAUGGGCUUCUGCAGUAUAGAACGGUGUCUUUGAUGUAUAUAUUUUCUCUUGAUGGAGAGAGUGAUCGAGAUUUGGGGCUUCCAGGUCGUGUGUUUCGGCAGAAGUUGCCGGAAUGGACUCCAAAUGUUCAAUAUUAUAGCGACAAAGAGUAUCAGCGACUUAAUCAUGCUUUGAGUUAUAAUGUUCGUGGAACAUUGGCUUUGCCGGUCUUUGAAACUUCUGGAAAGUCUUGUAUUGGUGUUAUUGAGCUAAUAACGACAUCCCAUAAGGUGAAUUAUGCACCUGAAGUUGAUAAAGUUUGCAAAGCUCUUGAGGCAGUAAAUCUUAAAACCUCCGAGAUAAUGGAUUCUCCUAGUGUUCAAAUAUGUAACGAAGGUCGUCAAAAUGCACUGGCUGAAAUCUUGGAAAUAUUGACAGUGGUGUGUGAAACCCACAAAUUGCCUAUGGCUCAGACCUGGAUUCCGUGCAGGCAUAGGAGCAUUAUCGCACAUGGUGGUGGUGUUCAGAAGAGUUGCACGAGUUUUGACGGCAGCUGCAUGGGACAAAUCUGUAUGUCUACCACUGAUGUAGCCUUCUACGUCAUUGAUCCUCACAUGUGGGGUUUCCGGGAUGCUUGUUCUGAACAUCAUUUACAGAACGGACAGGGGGUCGCAGGAAGGGCAUUUUUGUCUCUUGGUUCAUGUUUCUCCAGAGAUAUCACCAAGUUCAGUAAAACAAAUUAUCCCCUCGUUCACUAUGCUCGCAUGUUUGAUUUACGUAGCAGCUUCGCAAUUUGUUUGCGGAGUGCUUACACAGGGACAGAUGAUUAUAUCCUAGAGUUCUUUCUACCUCCUACCAUCGUCGAGACCAACCAGCAACAGGCUUUUCUUACCUCUCUCUUUGCCACAAUGAAGCAGCAUUUCCGAAAUUUGAAGGUUGCAUCUGGGAAAGAUUUGGAAGAAGAGGAGAGAUCCAUUGAAAUUAUCGAAGCAUCUGUAGAACAUAAAUGUGACCCGAAACUUGAAAUAUCCCCCGUGACUAAAUUUCCGCCGAUGCAAAAUGGAUUGAUGAAUAAGGCAGGAGGUGUUAAUCAGUCAGAUUUGUUGGAAAAGCGGUUCCCGGUGGAAAAUGAUGCUAAAAGGAAGGUGGAAUAUCUAAAUACCGUUGAUGUGAAUCACGGUUCCCAUUCUCUUUCUGGCAAUCAAGAAGUUAAAAAAACAACAGAGAGAAGGCGGGGCAAAACUGAGAAGUGUAUUAGUCUAAAUGUUCUUCAACAAUAUUUUUCUGGCAGUCUUAAGGAUGCCGCAAAGAGUCUUGGGGUUUGCCCAACCACCAUGAAACGUAUCUGCAGACAGCACGGUAUCUCUAGGUGGCCAUCACGAAAGAUCAACAAAGUUAAUCGCUCCCUCUCAAAGAUCAAGCGUGUGAUUGAAUCUGUGCACGGUGGUGAAGGAGCAUUCGAUCUGACUUCUCUCACAUCAAGCCCAUUACCUGCUCCAGUUAGUUCUCCUUCCUGGCAUAGUGACCGCAAAGAACAAUUCCCAGGUUCCAAGCCUCCUAUAGAAUCACCUAGAAGAAUGACCCCAGGAAAUGAGGAACAUUGCGAUACGAAGAACAUUAUCGAACCUCGCAAGGGUGCAAAGAGAUCAAAAACAGGGAGCAGUUCAACAGAUGACAGUGCAGGUACUCCUACUUCUCAUUUGUCAUGCCAAGGUAGCCCUGCCAACAAUAAUGAAGUCACACCGUCAAAGGAUCUAUUUGUUUCGUCUAUUCAGGAACUUGGUCAAGAAACCCGUAACUCCUUCGGUUUGCCGUUUCAACCAUUCCGAGAAAUAAACUUAUGUGCUGCCUACUCGACUCAUGAUGCUCGUAUGGUGACAGAAUUGCAACCGGCCCCGAGUGGAUUGCUAACCAAGGACUCGGGAAGUUCUGCAGAUUUGAGAAACCUCUCCAACUUGGCACUAGAAAGUUUUCCCGAUGAAAAAUUCUUGAAGUCUACCUGGACGAAUCCAAUCUGUGUUACUAAUCAUUCUUCUCCUCCAGACAUGACGAAUCCUGCUCAGAUAAUUCACAGCAUCAGAACAAAACAAGAUGUUAGGACCGUGAGUGUGAAAGUCAGUUUUAAAGAAGCCAUCAUCAGAUUUCGAGUCUCUCUAAUGUCUGGACUGACAGAGUUGAAAGAAGAAAUUGCCAAGAGGCUACGCUUAGAAGUGGGUACGUUCGAAGUCAAGUAUCUAGACGAUGACCAUGAAUGGGUUUUACUAUCUUGUGAUGCUGAUUUACUAGAGUGUUUUGAUAUAUCAAAGUUAUCUGGCGGACAUGUUAUCAGAUUGUUGGUUCAUGAUGCAAUGGGCAACUUCGAGAGCUCCUGCGAGAGCUCAGGAGAUUAAACUCAACCAAGAAGAAGAAGCUUAUUGUAGAUUGUAAAUCAGGUAAAAAAAAUUUGUAGUAUUUUUACUCAUGUAAGUUACUGGACAGGUGAAACUGUAGAUUUAGGCUUUGUAAUCCUGUCUCAGUGGUUAUAACUAUUCUUUCAAACUCCUCUCCUAUAAAUUUUGCAUGCUUGUCUUUUUUGUCACAUAAUUUGUGGUGAAA